AUGUUCAUUGUCUGUUGGGUCAAACCCGCUUCAGCCAUGUCUGUAAAGAAGGAUGAAAUUCACCAGCAGUCAUCAGCCCCACUGGAAGGGAGCCUCCAACAGAAGUUAUGUCUACCAGGAUUCUACAUGGAAGAAGCCAGUGAAGGUUGUGCCUCGUGCACUGAUGGGACAGACUACACCAGUCACUCAAACACCCUCCCUUCUUGCUUACCUUGCACAACUUGCAAAUCAGGAGAAGAAGAAAAAAAUCGCUGCACCCCCACCAAGGACACUGAGUGUCAGUGCAAACCUGGCACUUUCCGUGGAGAAGAUGUGCCUGAAUUCUGUCAAAAAUGCAGCACCGGGUGCCCUGAUGGGAAGGUCAUGGUCAUGGACUGUACCCCCUGGAGCAACGUCAAGCGUGUGGACCAAGAAUCAGGUACCCUGGCCCAUGGGGAGGCCCCAGUUCCUGGAGAGCCAGCAACCAUGAGCCAGACACUAGCCAUCACUCCCUCUCCCUCCUCAGGCACUUCAGGGCUGGGGAUUGGAACUUUAACUGGACUUGGAAUUGUCCUAAUCGGAUGUGUUGUAUGGUGCUUCUUUAAUGGAAACCCCGCCCACCUCACCUGGUCCUACAAAACCGUGAUCACAUCGGGCUCCCAACUCAGCUGCCGGUCCCCUCUUCCCCCUGGCCGAGUCUGGUGGGAAGAGGCAGGACAAGAGGGUGGUUCAGAGGCACUGCACAGAGAUUUUACAUGGGUUUCAUUUUCCUUCAUUUUCUCCCUUCUCUUCUCCUCCCUGAGGGUUCUCCAGAUUCAGAAUGUCCCGCUUGCAGUCACAGGCCCGGGGCUCUUUGUCUGA